GAUGUACCCAUCUACAUAGAAUCUCCAUCAGAUAAUGUAGAGCAAGCAUGGCUCAAUUUAUACGAUUUCGGCCUUUCAAGAGUUUCAAGGUCACAGGUGGAGUUGAUGACGAGUAUGUCUGUGCCGAUUCCGGGGGAUGAAGAAAACUACAUUAUCGAGCUUGAUAUCUGGCACCAGUUGCAUUGCCUGAAUAUCAUUCGCAAAGCUCUCCAUCCUGAUUACUAUCCGAACAUGAAUGCGAGUGGAAGCGUACCGGACACGCGCAUCUCGACCGACCCGGACUCUCAGGAGCCGCUUCCCAGAGUGCCUGUCAACCACGUCGCGCACUGCAUCAACUCUAUUCGCGAAUCGUUGAUGUGCUCUCCAGAUAUCACGCCGAUAGUAUAUUACUGGGAUGAGAGGGUACAGCAGUCGAGGCCUAUUUUCGACGCUCCCCACGAGUGUAAGAAUUUUGAAGGGAUUCGCGAGUGGGCUUUGGAACACCAGGUGCACGAUGGAUUCGACGAUAGCAUCCAUGCCGUCAAUUCUCCCCAGUAG